UGUUUGCUUCUGUAUAUUGAAGUCAGCAAAUCUUUAAUUAUUUGAAAAAUUUGGUGAGCGUCGGGUGAGCGAAGAUCGCGGGAAAAGUUAUUAAAUAAUAAAAAAAGUGAAAUUUGGAAAAAAGUGGUAAAAGCAAUUAUUUUGUUUGUGAAUAAAAAUAUUAAAAUGAAUUUUCCGCAUAAUAAUAUUUAUAAGGAAUUGAUUGAAGACUUCAAAAGCGAACGCUGUUUGUGGGAAGUUAAAAGUGAUGCAUACAAAAAUAAAUAUUUAAAAACGCAGGCUUGGAAUAAGUUAUUGCAAAGGUACAAAAAAACUUUUCCAGAUGCCACAUUAGAAGAUUUAAAAAAAAAGAUUAAUGGUAUGAGGAACUGCUACAGGCGAGAAUUAAAUAAAGUAAAAAAAAGUGCAAAGUCUAGUGUUGGUGCGGAAAAUUUGUAUGUGCCAUCUUUAUGGUAUUAUAAAGAUCUACAAUUUUUACAAGAGCAUAAGUGCCAAUUCGCAGAUCUAAGUACUUCUGAUGUUGAGGAUGUGGAAGAUAAGGCUACUUAUGAACCACCACGUAAAAAGAAAAUGCAUCACACAAAUUUUUUAGCAAAAGCACAAGAUAAAAAUACUAUAAAAGACGAUGCUGACAUUUAUGGACAAUCUUGGGCAGUAACAUACCGCAAAUUAUCAUCUGAACAACAAGUACUCGCCAAGCUAGGAAUAGAGAAGCUGCUCGCGGAAGGACAAAUGAACAAACUGACUUACGAGUCAGUAGCAUAUAUUGGAAUUCCUCCAGAAACAACAGCACCACCAUUGCAUUAUAGCAAUGCUGCAACACCAUACAAAGACCCACUUGUGCAGAAACAAGUUCGAAUUACACCUUCGCCAUACUCAAGCUACACUUCCAGUCCGGCAAUGAGUCCAAUAGGGGUGUAUAUUAAUUCAAGUAGCCCUUCAAUGAGUCCCUCAAAAUUAAAUGCUCAACAGCAACAAAAUGAAUAUGAAGAAACUGUGACAACAUCGUACCCAAUUAGUAUACGCCAGAAUUCGGUGGAAAGGAGUUACAAGUCCUCUGAUUAACUAUUUACUAACACAGAUUUUGCUAAACGCAGCAAAUAUUCCAAUUAUAUUUUAAAAUUUGAUUACUUUUAUAUUUUAUUAAAAUUUGAUUAAUUAAGACAAUAAAAAACUGAUUUACCUGAAUAUAUUCUUCUAAUGUUGUGCUUAUGGCAUCGCAGGUUUCAAUAACUAUAUUACUUAAAUUAUAUCGCAGUCAACAACGUCAAGUCCUGAAAAGUUCCCCCAAAGCCAAAAAUCGCAAGGUUACGAAUAGUCUCUCAUGGGGCGAAAUAGCUUAUCUGAUGAAUUAAUGAUGAAUGAUUUAGGUAGUGAUGCCAAGUUAUUCUUAAGCAACCAGAAGUUGUUCUAUUGGAGCAUUCAUGUCAAAAGUAUACACCUUAUGUUAAACCCUCUGUUGAAAUUACAUACUUUUCAAAACAAAUCAUAACUUAUAUCGAUCACAAAUGAUAAUGA